GUGGUACUGUGGUGUGAGCUACUUAUAUAAGUAGUAUAUAACGUGGUUAAAAGAACGUAAUGUCCGGCAGCAGAAAAUGGCGAAGAUCAAGAAAGGAAGAGCAAGAGCACAAUGGAAGUGUAAGAAAACGCAUGUACAAUGGAAUGGGAGACAAUGGAUUAGUGUUUGCAACGGGAACAGUACAGUUUGAUAUGAUGGAAUGAUAUUUUGCAAAUUGACGAUUGACUUUAUGAUAUUCACAUUUUAUUGAGAUAGUCUGUAAUUUUUGUGCUAAAUACAAUCGAUUGUCCUCACCCGUGUUCUUGUUCACUACAGUACUACUAAUCAGAUAUGGCAACUUGGGACAACGAACAUUUGUUCCAGGCUCUAUGUUGAUUCUGUCUGUCUGUCAUUGACUAUGUACUUUAUUUUUGGCACAACUCUUUUCCAGAAUGCAAUAUUGUCCUGAACUAAUCGCUUUUUUAAUUUCAGGAAUAUUUUUCAUUGUAUGGAACUGAUAUUCAGGAAUUCUUCGCGUUUAUUUGUAUGCUUACUCCUUUUUCGAUUUUUUAAUGCUUUAUUAAUACAAACAUCUUAUGUACCAGAUGAAUAUUGGCAAUCUAUUGAAGUCGCACACAAAUGGGUGUUUGGAUAUGGAACACUCACUUGGGAAUGGGAACCAAAAAUCGCACUUCGGAGUCCUGUUCAUCCACUUUUGAUUAGCUUCAUAUAUAAAAUGAUUGCAACUCUUGGUGCCGAUUCACAGUGGAUGAUAAUGAAAUCACCUCAAAUUCUGCAUGGUUUUUUUGCAGCUAUUGCUGAUUUUCACUUGUACAAACUUAUCAAACAGCUAUCUGGAUUUCAAAUAGCCAAAUGGACGUUGUUUCAUCAUGUUUGUAACUGGUUUACUAUAUAUUGUGCUCCACGAAGUCUAUCAAACUGUCUUGAAUGGUGUUUAUGCAUAAUUGGUUUAUCCUAUUAUCCAUGGAAUGUGGUGUGCCAAACAGAUCAACAGUUUAUUCAACUAACCGCAUCCAACUAUCAUAAUCAGUCGAAAUGGUUCAUUUUUAUUGCAGUAGUCUGUGUUCUAAUACGUCCAACAGCUUUGAUUAUUUGGUUUCCUUUGUGUUUUUGGCAUAUAUGGCGAAAGUGUAUGAUAGCUAGUACACUAGAUAAGGAUAAUAAUCAUGGUCUUAAAGAAUAUCAAGAGUAUUCUAGGACAAAAUGGUUUCUAAACCAUCUUAUCUAUCAGAUUGGAAUUUACUUAAGUAUAAUUGUGCCCUGUUUUGCUUUCUCUUGCGUUCUGGAUCGUUUGACAUAUAAUCAGUGGAUAAUCAACCAGUGGAAUUUCAUUAAGUUCAAUAUUUUUUCCGGAGGAUCACGAUUUUAUGACGUUCAGCCUUGGCACUGGUACAUAUCCCAAGGAUUUGCAGCUAUGUUGUUAACGCAAACACCUCUGGUGGUAACCUUUAUUGUAAUGUAUUUUAAAUAUGGUCCAGGUUUUGUAAGAGAUCUUACGGGAGAGAGAAAGAAGAUAGACUAUUCAAACAACUCUAGUAACCAGAUGUUUCGUGAUCCAUGUGGUUUGUGUAUUAUUGUUAUGAUAUGGACUAUAAUAUGUUAUAGUUUCUUGCCGCACAAAGAAUUCAGAUUUAUCUUCCCAUCAAUCCCGCUAGCUAUGUAUUUUUCUGGUAUUAUAUCGGUGUGGUUCGUUCGUUACGGAUUCAAACUAAAAUUUCUACACAAUCAGGAUAUCCGACGCCAAUAUUUGGUGUCAUUCAUCAUUUUGACCCAUAUUCCAUUGGCAUUAUAUACAUGCUUAGUACAUCAGCGUGGUGGACUUGA